AUGAAGGGACUAUGUUAUAUGGGAACUAAAGGUGACAUAAGGUUGCAGGAAAUUCCUAAACCAAAGAUUCUCGAGCCUACAGAUAUUAUUGGAAAAACUGUUGUGACAACCAUUUGUGGAUCGGAUCUUCAUGUGGUCGAUGGCGCCCUUCCAUAUAUCAAUGAAACAGCAAAAAAGAGUGGUAGGGGUGUCGUCUUAGGACACGAGGGUGUCGUCCGGGUUGAGGAAAUUGGUUCCGCUGUUAAAACUGUGAAACCUGGUGAUGUUGUUAUCGUCUCUUGCAUCAGCAGCUGUGGAAGCUGCUAUAACUGUAAAAGGGGUCAAACUGCUCAUUGCUUGAAGUGUAAGGAUUAUGCUGGAUGGUCCAAGGGUUGUGCUUGCAUUUUGGGAGCAGCAAUGGAUGGAACACAGGCUGAAUAUGUGAGGGUGCCACUUGCUGACAGUUCCGUGUAUAAGUGUCCAAAGGGUAUACCCGUUGAAUCACUGUUGAUGCUUAGUGAUAUUCUCCCAACAUCGUAUGAAUUGGGUGUUCUUGAUGGUAAUGUUACUGAAGGAAGUACUGUUGCUGUUGUUGGCUGUGGACCUAUCGGGCUAUCUGCAAUCUUGGGUGCUAAAUCAAAGAAUCCUAAAAAUAUUAUUGCCGUUGAUUUGGAUGAUUCCCGUCUUGAAGUUGCAAAGAAGUUGGGAGCUAAUUAUACGGUGAAUUCUGGAAAGCAAGAUGUUAAGGAAUUUAUUUCGAAAAAUGUUAAAAAUGGUGUCGAUGAUCUUCCAGGUGUUGAUACAGCCAUUGAAUGCUGUGGACUACCUGUCACUUUGGAACUGUGUGAAAGACUCAUUGGCGUUGGUGGAACUAUAGCUAAUGUUGGAGUUCAUGUGAAGCCAGCAACACUUUUCAUAGAUGAUCUAUGGAUUAAGAACUUUAAAUUAACAGGUGGGCUAGUGAAUACGACUUCUACUUCUGAGUUGCUAGAGAAGGUGAAGAAGGGUUUACUAGAUCCAUCAAAGUUGGUUACUCAUCGUUUCCAGAUGAAAGACUUUAUCAAGGCAUAUGAUGUUUUUAGCCAUGCUGCGAAGAACAAGGCAAUCAAGAUGGUGAUUGAAAACAACUAUUAA